AAAAGCCAUGCCCAGGAAACCCUGCAAUCCAGCACGAUGCAGGCGCUUCCCAAACACCCUCUCUUUCAGAUACGAAACGAGUUUCUCUCCAAGGAUGAAAGCGUCGCGCUCUCCUAUCGUCGCGCCCGUCUCGUCUUGCGCAGCUAUGCACUGACCCCCUCCGACGUCGAGUUGUGCUCCCCAAGGUUUUGGGCCAUGAUGACCGAUCCCAUUUGCUGUCUCGAUAUCGCAAUGUUCACCAUACUCGCUGCCCACGUCGGUCUUACUAUCGGGACAUUGUCCCGUCACCUACACAAGCGCCCCGAUCUACGCCCAUUGAUUGACAGCUUGCUGAGAUUUGACACCGUCGGGAUCUACCUACUUACGGAACGUGGCCACGGUCUCGAUGCUUUCAACAUCGAGACGACAGCCGUGAAGACUGACAACGGUUUCAUUUUGAAUACCCCUCGUGAGGAAGCAACAAAGUUUAUGCCCGCAUCAACCCCAGCCUUUGGCAUUCCCAAGGUCGCAUUGGUCAUGGCGCGAAUGAUAGUAAACGGCCGGGAUCAUGGUUCUAGGUUUUUCAUCGUACCCAUUUGCAACGAACGUGAGAUGUACCGUGGAGUCAUUUCCAGUCGCCUGCCCACGCGGAGCGGAACGAACCCUUUGGACUUUUCCUUGACGCGCUUUCAUCAAGUCCAUCUCCCUCCCACGGCACUCGUAGCAUCGGAUAUCAGCGUUCUCACCGUUCCUGAACGACCUCUCGAAGCAUGGUGGGCCGAGAUAUGGAGAAUACAGCUAGGCACUUUAGCAGUACCAGGUCCGUGGAUCUCUGCUAUGAAGGCAGCUGCGUUUAUUGGCGGCAAGUACUCCAUGCAUCGGUCUAUAAUUGGAACGAAGAAUCAGCCCACCGCAAUCAUCGCUUUCCGCACUCAACAGUGGCCAAUACUCAACGCCACGGCUGUUUCCAUGAUUAUGGACAAAUGGUAUCCCCGUGCGAUACGUUAUGCCAUGGACGGGACCACCGACCACCGUGUCAGGCAUGCCAUGUCAGUCAUCGUGAAAGCUACCGUCUGUCGCCACUUCCAACGGUCGGUACCAGAGGUUGCCGAGCGAUGCGGUGCACAGGGGACCUUUGAACACAAUUACAUGGCACGAAUUGAGAAUGACGGGAAAGGCGUGAUUAUCGCAGAAGGAGACAUUUUGACGCUCUGCAUCCGACUUUUCUCAGAAUUGUUGCUCGAGAGGUAUGCGGUACCUCUACCUCAUUCGGAUAGCUCCCUCCUAGCUCGGCAUGCUUGGUCGCUGCUGAACGAGAAUAAGCAACUCCUUUGUUCGCUGGACGACCAUCGAAGUGAUUCUUUCAAUUGUCUUAUCCUUCCCCAAUCGCAGCAAGUUAUUGAAUCCAUUGGUCAUGCGAUGGCUUACGCCGCCGGAGUUGAGGAGAAAUUACCUCAGACCAUCCUCGAUAUUUACGAAUGUUCUGUCAUUCGCCAAGACCCCGCCUGGUAUUCUGAACAAGCAGGGUUAACGCGUAUGGACCAAAGACGGCGCGAGGAUGCCGCCGUAUCGCGUGCGUUACCGCGCCUGGACUCUUAUUUGCAGGACCUGCAGAUUGAGGAUUAUGUCUCCGCUCCUAUCAUAUCCGAUACAACAUGGAAAACGUACGCCUCCUCCCUGCCAACCUAUACGGGGAAUGCGCAGACUUCCUCCCCGACCCACUACCAAGCAAGGCUGUAA